GCGGGGCCCGUCCGCCCGCCCGGGCCAAUCCGGGGGCGCGGGGCGGGGCCUGGGCUGAGGCUCCGCCCCGGACCCGGGCGCGGCGGCCUCCCGGCCCCCUAGCCGGCCUCCGCCGCGGCGCCCCCGGGCCCGGACCCCGCAGCCGCGCGCAACCCUUGGCGCGAUGGACCCGGCGCUGGCCGCGCAGAUGAGCGAGGAGGUGGCGGAGAAGGUGCUCAAGUACCGACGGGACGAGUCAGGAUGGAAGAUUUGCCGGGAAGGCAAUGGAGUUUCAGUUUCCUGGAGGCCAUCUAUGGAGUUUCCAGGGAACCUGUACCGGGGAGAAGGCAUCAUAAAGGCGACACCAGAGAAGGUGUGGGGCUGCAUUAAGCCACUUGCUGGGACCCUUCGAGACAAGUGGGAUGAGAACGUGAGCAGCUUUGAAAUUAUCGAAAGCCUCACUGAUAUGCUCUGCGUGAGCAGAACCGCCAGCCCCUCGGCUGCCAUGAAGCUCAUUUCCCCCAGAGACUUCGUGGACUUGGUGCUCGUCAAGAAGUACGAGGAUGGGACCCUCAGUUCCAAUGCUAUCAACGUGGAGCACCCAUCGUGUCCCCCGAAGCCAGGUUAUGUGAGGGGCUUUAACCACCCUUGUGGCUGCUUCUGCGAGCCUCUGCCAGGGGAGCCCGACAAGACCAACCUGGUCACGUUCUUCCAGACCGACCUCAGCGGCUACCUCCCGCGGAGCGUGGUGGACUCCUUCUUCCCCCGCAGCAUGGCGGGGUUCUACGCCAACCUGGAGAAAGCCGUGAGGACCUUGUACGACUGACGUUCUCACCUGCUGGCCGAGGGCUCCCGUGACUCACGCAGAGCUCCCGAUGGCGGGGUACCGGAGAGCCCCGAGGGCCGGUUUUCAGCCUUUGGGACCCACUUGGGGACAGCUCGUCUCCGAGAAGCUGGCCGGAGUGGCCCCCGCCGCCCCACUCCCCUGCCCCCUCGGGGCUGGCUUGGGGGAGUCACUCUUGUGCCCUCUCUGCUGGUUGUCCCCACACCUGCAGCCAGUGGACCCCAGGGCACGCGCUCCGGUCUGAAGCCUGCGUGUGCCAGUCUCCGCCACAGACCGCCUGCCCCCCACCCCGCCCCGUCUGCCAGAAAGAACCCCCAUCAACACCGAGAGCCAGGCUCUGCUGCCUCGUGAGUAUCCGGUGCCCUCCAGCCUGAUAACACUGCACCAGAUUUCCCCCCUUAAAAAGAUAACGGCUUGGAAAAUAUUGUUUUAACAAAUGAGAUAAGCGCCGAGGAAAAAUACAUUCAGUGUUUCUUUCUGAAUCGGUCGUUUCCGCUCUCUGCUGCUGCGCUAACUGCCGUGUCCCCAGCGAACCCAGGCAGCCUGCAUCUGCACCAAGCCGACUGCCGCCUUGGGGCGGGUGGUGUCUGGAAUGAUGGUGAGCGGGCAGGCCUCUCCUGCCUCUGAGGAGCACCUUCUCUCCCUCGGCGUUCGCCUUCUCCUCCCCGCUGUCUGGAGGCCGGGCUGGAGUCCUCGCUGGUCGGGCCACACUGCUGUCAGCAUUCAGGACGGGAGGGCAGGUCCCCUCCGGCGGCCCUGGCUGGAGUCCCCACUCCGGGCUCUGCUCUGAGACCGCACGGGCCCGCACCAGCCUGGCCCAGAGUGUGGGUCGUCGGACCGGGGAGCACGGCCUUGCCACCCGGAAGGGGCCUCGGCAGUCACUCGAGGUCCCUUCCCUGUCUCCGGUCGGGACCGCUCAGCCUGCGGGUGAGGGACACCCCCGUGUCUGGCCACAGUGUCCUCGUGUCGGCAGUGAGGACAAGUGGAAGACAGCCCCCUUGUGCGCAGUAGCUUAUUCCCCACCCUCGAGUCCUGGGGUGUCUGUCUCCGAAUGUGCCGACGUGCGAGCAAGCUUUGAAACAGGAAAGCUCCGUGUCAAGGGCUUAGAGAGAGCCGCCUUCUUAUGGGUUGUGGUGUGACUACAGACCCCACAGUCAUGCCGUUGGGAUGAUCCAGCUAACUUACCAAGAAAUCUUCAUCAGACUCUUGGAUUUAUUUAGAUUUCAUCCCCUCAAUAAGUACGUAGCAGGUCCUUACUCUGCUGGGCACCAGCUCAGGAGACCCCGGAAGCCGCCAUGCCACCCUGUCGAGCAGGGUGGAAAGCCGGCCCCCCGAGGACCUGGGUCACGGGCUCCAUCGGGUGAAACUGUGCGCUGGACUAGGAGUCUGAAAACAUGCACCUGGUCCGGCGCCUACCACGCACUCGGAAUUUCUGUUCCUGAACAGUGCUUUCACCUGCCCCUGCUUCGACGUCCUGACUUAUAGGACAAUGUGGGGACGUGAAUAGCAAUCCGGACGUAGCCUGCUGCUUGAGUCCGUGCAGAUGAAAUGAUGUAUGGUCUGGUAAGACACGGCUCAAAGCAAAGCACCGGGGCAGCCUGGGAGAGGCCCUGGGGAGGGUGCAUGUCCAUGGGGUGGAAGUGGGUCCCUGGCGGUGUUUGGGGAUGACCGGAAACCGCUUGCCGAGGCGCUGUUCUGUGCCUCUCCUCCGCUCUGAAGACGUUGGCCAGGGACAGCCGAAUGUCUCAUGUAAAUCCAGCACCACGAAGUGCUAAUGGAUGAGCUCUCGUGUUAAGACCUUGCUGGCUCCUGGACUGAGGAUCCCCCCACCCCACCCCAGCCCCUGAGCCUGGAGACUGGAAACUUGACCCGUGGUGGCGUCCUGAGUUGGGGAGAGGGGGACCUUCUGAAGCAGGAGGAGGGACUGGGAGGACUGCGGGCUCAGUCCUAGCUGUGCCCUAGUCCUGAGACAAGCCUGCCAGACGUGCAGGACGCCUUCUCUGUGUCCCUGGCCCAUGGCCCACCCUGUGCUUCUGUGUGUAACUGGCUCCCAGGGCUGACGGAAGGCCCUUCCUCCUUCCCUGGGCUGGACCACAGGCCUGACCUGGCUGCUUGCCCGGCAGUUGCCCAGUUGUCUCUGCGAGAUGGCGGGGGGCUGGGUGUACCUCUGAGUCUGCGUGGCCUCAUCGGCCAGCCCAGGGCAGGACAGGUAGGAUCCUGUGGAGUGCAUGUGGAAUUCAGUUAGCCUUCCAGGGCUGGAUCGCGGCGAUCGUCGGUGUUCAUUAAACCUGAAGAACCGGUCCA